UUGGAGCGUGAGUUCGACCGUUUUGGUGCCAUCAAAAAGAAUGAAUAUAACAAAGGGGACACCCAGGCCUACAUUCUGUACGAUUCUAUUGAUGCUGCUACGGCUGCUGUGAAGGAAAUGCGUGGAUUCCCGUUAGGGGCACCGGAUCGUCGUAUUCGUAUCGAUUUUGCUGAUAACGGAACAGCACCAUCGUUCUCGAAGAACAGUGGAGGUUUUGAGGAAGGCGGUGAGUAUCGUCGCGGCCCCGACUACGAAUAUCCGGAAGGCGGUGCAUCAUACGAGGAAAAUUCAUCGUACGGCUAUGGUGGAAAACCGUUCCGCGGCCGUGGAGGAUUCCGCGGACGUGGUGGUUUCCGUGGCGGUUUUCAUCGUGAUGGCCCACCGCACCACGGGGACAAUGAUGAAUGGCGUCGAUCAGGAGCCGAUGGCGAAUAUGAUUCACGCCGUCGUUCUGGAUCACGUGAACCAGGAAUCGAUAGAUCUCGUUCCCGUUCACCGAAGCGACGCAGUCUUGUAGGAAUGGCAUGUUAUUGAAUGCAAGAACGUUACCAGAAGUGGCACGGAAAUCUACCACAGCAGGUAUCUGGCACCCCCAAUCCUACCCCCUACGUUUGACAAUAGCCAACAUCUUUGAGUUUCCCAUUGUUCUAUUGAAAUUGGGUUUCCCACUGACAAUUCUAUUUUGUAAACAAACCAUUAUUCCGAACUGAUUUUUUCCAAAUGGAUGUAAAUAUUUUUCACCAUUUUUCGAGAACUUGUGCGAAAGUAUGAAUGCGAGGUGUGUUUGAUCAAGAA